UGCACAGUUAGUUUUUAUUUUUCCCUCUUCCAAGGUGUUGCCCAUGGGUUUCCAAAACCAGUCUUUGAAGUUUGAACCCCCUUAUAAACCCCAACCAAUGUCCAAUACACACAAGGUUAAACAAAUCACAUUAAUUAACUAAUCAUAAUCAAAUCCAAUUCUACUUUCUCCAGUCUCAACAUCACAUGGAAGCUGCCACCCAGUUUCCCGGCUCCGCAGGCACUCUCGGCCGGCACCUCGCCCGCCGCCUUGUCGAGAUUGGCGUCAGGGACGUCUUCUCCGUCCCCGGCGACUUUAACCUCACUCUCCUCGACCACCUCAUCGCCGAUCCUGACCUCAACCUCGUGGGCUGUUGCAACGAGCUCAACGCCGGCUACGCUGCCGACGGCUACGCCCGUUCCAAGGGAGUCGGCGCCUGCGUCGUCACCUUCACCGUCGGCGGCCUCAGCGUUAUCAACGCCAUCGCCGGCGCCUACAGCGAGAACCUCCCCGUCGUCUGCAUCGUCGGCGGACCCAACUCUAACGACUACGGCACCAACAGGAUCCUACACCACACAAUCGGAUUACCCGAUUUCUCACAGGAACUCCGCUGCUUCCAAACCAUCACGUGCUUUCAGGCAGUGGUGAAUAACUUGGAAGAUGCACAUGAGCAGAUUGACACCGCAAUCUCCACUGCGCUGAAGGAAAGCAAGCCUGUUUACAUCAGCAUAAGUUGCAACCUUCCUGGGAUUCCACACCCAACUUUUUCCAGAGACCCUGUCCCAUUUUUCCUUGCACCUAAGGUAAGCAAUCAACAAGGAUUAGAAGCAGCAGUGGAAGCAACGGCUGAAUUUCUAAACAAAGCUGUGAAACCCGUCAUUGUUGGUGGGCCAAAACUAAGGUUUGCAAAGGCACAGAAGGCUUUUCUGGAGUUUGCGAAUGCCAGUGGAUAUCCAAUAGCUUGUAUGCCCUCUGGAAAGGGGCUAGUGCCGGAGCAUCAUCCACACUUCAUUGGGACAUAUUGGGGUGCUGUUAGUACCCCCUUUUGUGGCGAAAUAGUGGAGUCUGCUGAUGCAUAUGUUUUUAUCGGCCCUAUCUUCAACGACUAUAGCUCCGUGGGAUACUCCUUAUUGAUAAAGAAGGAGAAAGCUGUAAUCGUACAGCCUAAUCGCGUGACCAUUGGCAAUGGUCCUUCGUUGGGCUGGGUUUUCAUGGCUGACUUCUUAACUGCAUUGUCUAAGAAGGUUAAGAAAAAUGGUGCAGCUUUGGAGAAUUACCGACGAAUAUAUGUUCCCCCAGGCAUUCCUCUGAAGCGAGAGAAGGACGAACCUCUUAGAGUUAAUGUUCUAUUUAAGCACAUUCAGGAAAUGCUAAGUGGGGAUACUGCUGUAAUAGCUGAAACUGGAGACUCAUGGUUCAACUGUCAGAAGCUACAUCUACCUGAAAAUUGCGGGUAUGAAUUCCAGAUGCAAUAUGGGUCCAUAGGUUGGUCAGUUGGUGCUACUCUUGGAUAUGCACAAGCUGCAAAAGAUAAGCGUGUAAUUGCUUGCAUUGGAGAUGGCAGUUUUCAGGUGACGGCACAGGAUAUUUCAACAAUGAUCCGCAGCGGACAAAGGAGCAUCAUCUUCCUCAUUAACAAUGGAGGUUAUACAAUUGAAGUUGAGAUUCAUGAUGGCCCGUACAACGUGAUCAAGAACUGGGAUUACACUCGCUUUGUGGAAGCCAUCCAUAAUGGAGAAGGCAAAUGCUGGACUGCCAAGGUACGGACAGAGGAAGAUCUAACAGAAGCAAUUGCAACAGCAACAGGAGCACAGAAAGAUUCACUAUGUUUUAUAGAAGUAUUUGCGCACAAGGAUGACACCAGCAAAGAGUUGUUAGAAUGGGGAUCCCGUGUUGCUGCUGCUAACAGCCGCCCCCCAAAUCCUCAGUAGAUUACUUGCUCCAUUCUAAUUUGUACAUUUUCUUGUGUUAUAUUUCAGCCUUGGGGGAUGCUUAGAUUGCUAAGGUGUUGCCCCCUGCUUUACCAAUGUACUAAGCUCUGUUGCAUGUAAACAUAAAAAUUCUGAGAUCCUGCUUCAACCAAUUUUCACUUCAAUAAAAAUACUGGCAUACAGCCAUUGUAAA